AUGUCUUCCGAAACUUUCGAGUUCCAGGCUGAGAUUUCUCAGCUUCUCUCGCUGAUCAUCAACACCGUUUACUCCAACAAGGAAAUCUUCCUGCGAGAACUUAUCUCUAACGCCUCCGAUGCUCUUGACAAGAUCCGUUAUGAGUCCCUGUCGGAUCCCACCAAGCUCGAUUCGGGCAAGGACCUUCGUAUCGAUCUCAUCCCUAACAAGGAGGCCAAGACUCUGACCAUCCAGGACACUGGUAUUGGUUUUACCAAGGCCGACUUAAUCAACAACCUUGGUACCAUUGCCCGUUCCGGCACCAAGCAGUUCAUGGAGGCUCUGUCUGCCGGUGCGGAUAUCUCCAUGAUCGGCCAGUUCGGUGUUGGUUUCUACUCUGCCUACCUGGUCGCUGACCGUGUCACCGUUAUCUCCAAGCACAACGAUGACGAGCAGUACAUUUGGGAGUCUUCUGCUGGUGGUACCUUCACCCUCACCCAGGACACCGAGGGUGAACCGCUUGGUCGCGGUACCAAGAUCAUCCUCCAUCUCAAGGAUGAGCAGACCGACUACCUCAACGAAAGCCGUAUCAAGGAGGUUGUUCGUAAGCACUCCGAGUUCAUCUCUUACCCUAUCUUCCUCCACGUCCUGAAGGAGACCGAGAAGGAGGUCCCUGAUGAGGAGCAGGAGGAGACGAAGGAGGAAGAAGAUGAUGAGAAGAAGCCCAAGAUUGAGGAGGUGGAUGAGGAAGAAGAAGAGAAGAAGGAAAAGAAGACCAAGACCAUCAAGGAGAGCAAGAUCGAGGAGGAGGAGCUCAACAAGACCAAGCCUAUCUGGACUCGCAACCCCGCAGAUAUCACCCAGGAGGAGUAUGCUUCCUUCUACAAGUCUCUCUCCAAUGACUGGGAGGACCACUUGGCUGUCAAGCACUUCUCCGUUGAGGGUCAGUUGGAGUUCCGCGCCAUCCUCUAUGUUCCGAAGCGUGCUCCCUUUGACCUCUUCGAGACCAAGAAGACCAAGAACAACAUCAAGCUCUACGUUCGUCGUGUCUUCAUCACCGACGAUGCCACCGAUCUCAUCCCCGAGUGGCUCAGCUUCGUCAAGGGUGUUGUCGACUCUGAGGAUCUGCCUCUCAACCUCUCUCGUGAGACCCUGCAGCAGAACAAGAUCAUGAAGGUCAUCAAGAAGAACAUUGUCAAGAAGACCCUUGAGCUCUUCACCGAAAUUGCCGAGGACCGUGAGCAGUUCGACAAGUUCUAUUCCGCCUUCAGCAAGAACAUCAAGCUCGGUAUCCACGAGGACUCCCAGAACCGUCAGACCCUCGCCAAGCUGCUCCGCUACCAGUCCACCAAGUCUGGCGACGAGGCUACCUCCCUCGCUGACUACAUCACUCGCAUGCAGGAGCACCAGAAGCAGAUCUACUACAUCACUGGCGAGUCGAUCAAGGCUGUUGCCAAGUCUCCUUUCCUGGACAGCCUCAAGCAGAAGAACUUCGAGGUUCUGUUCCUGGUCGAUCCCAUCGACGAGUACGCUUUCACCCAGCUGAAGGAGUAUGAUGGUAAGAAGCUUGUCGACAUCACCAAGGACUUCGAGCUUGAGGAGACCGAGGAGGAGAAGGCCGAGCGUGAGAAGGAGGAGAAGGAGUUUGAGGAUCUUGCCAAGAGCCUCAAGAACAUCCUUGGCGACAAGGUCGAGAAGGUUGUUGUCUCCCACAAGCUUAUUGGCUCUCCCUGCGCCAUCCGUACUGGUCAGUUCGGUUGGUCUGCUAACAUGGAGCGUAUCAUGAAGGCCCAGGCCCUUCGUGACACGUCCAUGAGCUCCUACAUGUCCUCCAAGAAGACCUUCGAAAUCUCCCCCAAGUCCUCUAUAAUCAAGGAGCUUAAGAAGAAGGUUGAGGCCGAUGGUGAGAGUGACCGCACUGUCAAGUCUAUUACUCAGUUGCUCUUCGAGACCUCUCUCCUGGUUUCCGGUUUCACCAUCGAGGAGCCUGCCAGCUUUGCCGAGCGCAUCCACAAGCUGGUCUCUCUCGGCUUGAACAUCGAUGAGGACACCGAGACCACCGAGGAGAAGGCUGCUGAGGAGGCUGCUCCUGCUGCCGCCGCCGCUGGCGAGAGCUCCAUGGAGGAGGUUGACUAA